UCAUUGUUUUGAGUCGGGUCUGCUCCAGCGCAGCACGUUUUAGAAUGUGCAGCGGGUGCGCAGACUCUGCGGGCAAGCAGUUUGCGUUGCUCGGACAGGGUAUGCGCGCAGACUCACGUCAUUUGAACGUGAACGCACCCUACAUUCUUAGUAUCUCUAGCUCUCUAACUUAAGUAUCUUAGAUUAUCAGCUACCGCUGCAGCUUCAGCUGCUCCAGCACACAUCCUCAUCAUGGCUGAGGAAUGUUACAAGCGUGGGAUCCGGUUAUUCGUGCUCUCAGCACUCACAGCACUGUGCAAAGCAGAUGAAUUUCUGGUGUAUGGAGAGAGGCAGUCUUCUGUAAUUGUUCCCGGAUUCAGUGAUUUGGAAACGAGUGGACGUUUAAACUGGCAAUUCUCCAGCCGUAAGACCAGCGCGGCUAUUCUGGAUUAUGUCAUUGGAAGUGCGGAAGCCAACAUCAGUCCCAUGUACAAGAACCGGGUUCAGUUUUUCCCCUCCAACGCAUCAGUGCUCAUUAAGGUCUUGCAGUACAGUGACGAAGGCAACUACACCUUGACAGUGCAGGGCGCUGUAACCAAGACAAGAACCAUCCUCCUGCAAGUCCUGGGACCACUGUCCGACCCACUGAUUUUCAGUUAUGAGCGCAACUCCUCCGUGGUGCUCAGGUGCUCUACGGUUUCGGGGUCACUGUUGACGUUCAGCUGGGAGAGAGGGGGCUCCACUCUACAUAACGACACCAAGUACAAUCUGAUGGAGGACUACAGCGCUCUCACUUUCACCCUCACAAUACGCAACCUACAGAAGUCCGACUGUGGGAGCUACAAGUGCAGAGUGUCAAACCCGGUAUCUGUGAAGGAAAGUUCUUAUGACUUGUCCAGUGGUGACGUGUGUAGGCAGGAAGUGUACCUGCAGUGGUUGGUGCCUGUCUGUGCCCUCGUGCCUUGCGGGCUGUUCCUCAUUGGCUCAGGGAUUUUUUAUUUCAUUAAGAAGAAUAUGAGAGAGAGGCAUGAAAUGAGCGAGGUAAACAGCGUUGUGUGAAAUGUGUUCCUGCGCAAAAAGGUAUUUGGGCAGCAUCGAUCGUGACACAGUAGCGGUCUCUUCUGGCAUUCUUUGUCGUUUUGCCGGUUGUGAUUUACAUAAGGGGGGUUGACAUCUUGGAGUAGAGUGACCUCACUGUCAUGUUUCUCACAAAUAUUACUGACAUUCGGGGUAAAAAAAAUGACACGGCUUGAAAUUAACUUUUCCUUACACAUGAGGACUAGUGGGUGGCAAAAUCCACUGGUGCCUUAAGCCCACCACCCACUGGCCCCGCGGACCCUCCACCCAGUGGUGCCGCAGACUUUUCACUGGCCUGGUAUAAUGUCGGUUGAUAGUGAAGUCUCAGCAAUCUGUACGUUUAUCACUUUCUGCUCUUCAGCCCUUCGAGAGAGUUGUUUUGAACGACUGAAAAUCGUUGUGUGAACAGCCAUUACCAAGAAAAAAAAAAUGUUGUUUCUUUUUUACAAGUUUAGUGUAUUCCACAGCUGUAAUGCGUCCCGACUUUAAUCCCAGUGUGUUUCUCUCCUCACUACCUGCCUUUAAAAAAAAACCAUUGUGUGAUCAGCAUCAUUUAAAAAUCUCCAGUUCUGGCAAAGCAAAGUGAAAGAUUCCUUUAGUUAUACAAUCGAUAAACCGAACCGAUCGCCUUUAAUAAUUUCCAAACAGUCAAUCUGUCCAGAGAAGCCCAAUUGUUUAAAGGAGAUAUUGGACUGGAGUCAAAUUCAAAGCAAAUAACAGGUCCCGAUGUAGAUAUUUAUAUUCUGAAUGCAUUCCUAUUGUUUACAAUUAAACAACGCUUUGCAAUUAGAAAUAUUAAACAGUGUACUAAUUCAUGACAUUAUCGCAUGUUGACCU